GGCGGGGCCGCGGGGCCGCGGCGCCGGGGCUGCGGGUGCUGGGCUGGAGCGCUCCAGCCGCUGGUUCCCGGGAGACCCUGCGCCCCUAAAUCGCGGUCCACUGCGGGGGUCAGAAGCCAGUCACCUUUGAGGAUGUGGCAGUGAAUUUCACCCAGGAAGAGUGGGACUGUCUAGAUGCCAGCCAGAGGGUCCUUUACCAGGAUGUUAUGUCGGAAAUCUUUAAGAACCUAGCAUCUGUGGCCAGAAUCUUUCUGCAUAAGCCAGAGCUAAUCACCAAGCUUGAGCAAGAAGAGGAACAAUGGAGAGAGUUUGUCCAUCUCCCAAACACAGAAGGCCUUUCAGAAGGUAAGAAGAAAGAGCUUCGAGAACAACAUCCCAGUCUGAGAGAUGAGGGGACUAGUGAUGACAAGGUCUUCCUUGCAUGCAGAGGGGCCGGCCAGUGCCCCCUCUCUGCCCCAGCUGGGUCUAUGGACAGGACCCAGGUGCUUCAAGCAUCCCAGGCUGGGCCACCCUUUUUUUGCCGCAUCUGUGGCAAGUGUUUCAGCAGGCGCUCCUACCUCUAUAGCCACCAGUUUGUUCACAAUCCCAAGCUGACUAACAGCUGCAGCCAGUGUGGGAAGUUGUUUCGGAGCCCCAAGUCCCUCAGCUAUCACAGGCGCAUGCAUCUUGGGGAGAGGCCCUUCUGUUGCACGCUCUGUGACAAGACCUACUGUGAUGCUUCUGGACUAAGUCGUCACCGCCGUGUCCAUCUGGGUUACCGGCCCCAUUCAUGCUCCGUGUGUGGGAAGAGCUUCCGGGACCAGUCUGAGCUCAAACGCCACCAGAAGAUACACCAAAACCAGGAGCCAGUGGAUGGAAACCAAGAGUGUACUUUGAGGAUCCCAGGCACCCCUGCUGAAUUACAGACACCUAUCCCCAGAAGCCAGAGGUCCAUCCAGGGGCUUGUGGAUGUGAACCAUGCACCAGUGGCCAGGUCUCAGGAAACCAUAUUUAGAACUGAGGGUCCUAUGGCCCAGAACCAGCCAUCUGUACUUAAGAACCAAGCAUCUGUGACCAGGACCAAGGCACCCAUCAUUGGAACCCCCUGUCAGGAUGCCAGAUCCAACUCUCAUCCAGUGAAGCCCUCAAGACUCAAUGUCUUCUCUUGCUCGCAUUGUCCUUUGACUUUUAGCAAGAAAUCCUAUCUCUCCAGACACCAGAAGGCCCACCUCACAGAGCCGCCCAACUACUGCUUCCAUUGCAGCAAGUCUUUCAGUUCAUUUUCCAGGCUGGUCAGACACCAGCAGACCCACUGGAAGCAGAAGAGCUACCAUUGCCCUAUAUGCGACCUCUCCUUUGGGGAGAAAGAGGGCCUUCUGGAUCACUGGAGGGGCUAUAAAGGCAAGGAGCUGUGCCAGAGCAGCCACCAUAAAUGCCGGGUGAUCCUGGGCCAGUGGCUUGGCUUCUCUCAUGAUGCCCCCACUAUGGCUGCGGAGGAAUGGAAGCAUGGAGGUGACUAAUCUCCCCCCAGGAUCCAUACCCUCAGGAGAAGAGGCCUAAGAGAGAAGGCCUGCAAAGGAGACAAAACAAAGGAGGCAGUGAGCAUCUUGAAACAUAAAUAAAUGGCCUUUCUGACUGA